AUGAUGACGUGCGCGUUCGAUCGAGGUAAAAAUGACACUCUUACGGCAGAUAGUGGUCAAUUAAAAGAAUUAAAAUUAGCUAUUAAACAAAAUAUGACGAAACAAAUGAAAGAUCGUGAACAUUUGUUGGCAUCUGGUCUUGCACAAGUAGAAAAAAAAUUUCAACAUGAAAAUGAACCGUUCAUAAAAAUGAUAGAAAAUUUAAAACAGCAAAAACAAUAUUUAGAACUACAAUUAGAUGAAGUAAAUACAAAUCUGUUAGAAGUAUCCGAAACAUUAUCCAAAACAAAGCAAACAACUGAAAUUGAAAAAAAGAAGCUAGAAAAACAAUUAGAUGCAUUGCAACAAGAGUUAACAAUAACAAAAACCGAAUUAGAAACUCGUACGAAAAAACAUGAUAUGCAGUUAACAGCAUUAAAUCAAAAUUUAUUUACGGUUCGAAGUGAUUUAAAAACAGCGAAUGAAAAGUUAAUUAAAUAUGAACAAUUAAAAGCAGAAAAAAAUGUAGUUCAGGAGAAAAAUGGAAAAUAA